AUGAACGACAACGAUCUCGAACUCUAUAACGAACCCGAGGAUGUGGAGCUGAGAAGACCCACAGAAUAUCCCGGCCACUUCCAAAGGCUUGAACUCGAAGCACGCAUAACAGAGCUGUGGGCAUGCCUGAGGAGCAAUCGAGACGUUCCUGAGCGGAAAUACCGUGAGACCGACUUAAUGAGGGAGCACGACCGUUAUCUCAUCUGCUCAUUCUGUUUGGCAAAGGGACAGCACUACUCAGAUGGCUGUCCAGUGUACAACAGCGUAGAAAGAAGAAACCUAGUCAAAUGCACAUUAUGCCUAGACACUCGACAUUAUAAAGUUUGGUGUCCGAAACAGACAAGAAAAUGCAUGUAUUGCGGAUCGGAAAGCCACGACAAAGCUCUAUGCACCCUCUCAGAAAGAGUGCAGGGCCCCUACAAGGAGUUGGACGAGAUCGGACGUGAAUUGGAAACCCACGAAGGACAGCUGCUCAUUUUGGAAUUUCCCACCACCGUGGAAAAUUCCAAAAUGAGCAACUGUCGUCCGGGAGCAGAGCAUGAGGAGAACAUAGGCGCAGUUCCCAUGCGUUCCAGCUCAGACCCGCGACCGUGA